AUGGACGAGAGUAAAGCUGCCGGUCAUAAUAGUUUUGAACAAUUACGACAUGAUGUGGGGGGAAUGACACCACAAACAGCGGAAACGAUACCAUCACAACACAAGAGCCAACCCAUCGCAAGUGAGGAAAAUAACAUCACCGAUAUUGAAUCUUCCGAAGCGGACGAUAAUAAGAGCUCAUUACAGAAUACAGCUAGUGAAAACCACGAGCCGCAGGCAAUUCAUCAUAUGCAACGAUAUGCAUUUAAAUUUCUUGGCGCUAUUUGGCUGGCUAAGAUAUUUUGGUGUUUAAAAAUUUUAGAGAAAAAAAGAAAACGGGCCAGAUUUUGA